AUGGCUUCCGCUCCCGCUCCCGCUCCCCCUCCUCCCUCCUCGCCGGCCUCCGGCCAAGCUCCAGCCACCAAAAACCCUCCGGCCGUCCCUCCGCCUGACCUAGCUCUAGCCACCAACCCUUUCGACGCGCUCCUCCCCUCUGUUGCACCACCACCCUCGCCAUUCUUCGACCCGCCCUAUGUCAAAGCCGGCCAGGUUGCGCUCCGCUGCUUCCUGGGCUGCAGUAAUGCCAUGGGACUGGAGUUCAAAGAUGAUUGCUGCUACUACCUCCGCCUCGACAUCACCACCCCAGCCAUGCACCUCGCCUCGCCGCUCUACAUCGUCUUCGACUACUGCAACCACCACCUUGAUGCCAUAGCUGUCGCCGCUCUGCUUCAAGCCGCCCUUGGUGGCUCUGCUACUGACUUCUUCGUCGCCAAAUGCUCUCCCCUGAUCUUCCGCUUCCAUGUUGCCUCUGCGCGUGUUGCAGAGCUCAUCCUCGCCCAAUCCACAAUCCGUCACCGCAACUACUCAUUCUCUUUCGCUAGAACCCUGCCCCCCCUCCCACCUCCAUCCCACUCUGUUGCGACUUGUAUGUCGAUUGCACAACUGCUCCAAAUCCUGGAGGAUCUGGGCCUCGACUUCGAAGGCGUGGCUUGGGCACAAUGUCGAUCGUCAGUCUCCAUUCAUCCACCAAACCAGCCACACGGAUUCCGCAUGUACGCGCACGUCAUACAGUUUCCUUUCGCCCUUGAUACCAUUACCUUGGGCCUCAUCCUCGCUAGCCUCUUCGGCGGCGUCCACCACCAAUUCAACGUCACGGAUAACGGAGACUCCUACUUCUCCUUCACUGUUGCCUCGACUGACGUUGCCACGCGCAUCGCCUCCAUGGGCGACUUCCGCAAGCUGGGCAUGCUGAUCCGCUUCCCUUGGCCACUGCCUAUGGGGGGUGCCCGUCGCUCGCCUUCUGGGGUCGCCUUGCCGUCGUCGUUUGGUGCCACACCUCCUUCACCGUCGGCGGUCGACCCUACAAUCCUGCCAUCUGCGUCAACAACUCUUGAUCUGCCAAAGGAGCGUCGUCAACGGCCGGGUAUUAGCUCCUUUUAUCGCCUAGUGAACUGCUAG